AUGGUUUCCCCGGCUGUCGUGGUUGGACUUCUGGGGAAUGCAAUCUCCCUACUAGUUUAUGCCGCUCCCCUGGGAACAUUUCGGCAAGUGGUGAAGAAGAAGUCAACAGAAAACUACGAUGUGCUUCCAUACAUAACAACACUAUUGUGCAAAAGUUUGUGGACUUUUUAUGGAGCUUUAGUCCCAAAUGGUUUUCUUCUUGUGACCGUAAAUGGCCUCGGCGUGCUCUCGGAAUCCAUCUAUGUAAUUCUCUACCUCAUCUAUGCGCCGAAGGACAAAAAGGUGAAAACGAUGAUUCUAGUGGGAUUUCUAAACAUAGCACUUGUUGGAUCGGUGAUCGGAAUAGCCAUUGCAGUGUUUCACGACAAAGGAAAACGACAUAUCUUUAUGGGUGUUGUAUGUGCAGCAGUCACCAUAGCUAUGUAUGUAGCACCCCUCGAAGCAAUGAUAGCUGUAAUCAAGACGAAGAGUGUAGAGUACAUGUCAUUUUCCCUCUCCUUUUUCCUGCUACUAAAUGCUGGGUGUUGGUUUACUUUUGCUCUCAUCCUCAAAGACAUUUACGUCAUCGUACCAAAUGCAAUUGGAAUUGCGACGAGCUCAUCCCAGAUACUACUCUACAUGAUCUACAAAAACAAGUCACCUUUAUCCAACUCAAUCGGCUCAAUUCAGGCGACCGAUCAGGAAGCCAUCGAAAUGCAAAGUACCAACGUCGCCAAGACGGAAAAUCCAAGUCUCAGCAAAGGAAAUCACAAUCCCAAGUCGUCAUCGCGCCCGACUAGCUUACUGUUAAUGAGAACACUUUUACAGAGUCCACAUGAGACGCAUCACAAUUUUCCUACCGAACAAGAUGAGGAAGAUCGUAUAAGUGUUGUUGUUGAUCAUCCUUGA